AUGACUUUGGAAUUCUUUAACGCUGAUGCUUCUGGCAAUGAGGAGCGUCGUCUCAAGGCUCUUCAAUACAAAUACCUUUCAGUCUAUGUUAUCAUCCAAGGGGCGGAUUGGUUACAAGGACCCUAUCUCUACAAACUCUAUCAAUCCUAUGGAUUUGAGCUGGUGCAAAUCGCCUUUUUGUUCUUGACAGGAUUUGUCAGUGGUGCGUUGGGUGGUACGGCCGUGGGUAGUCUUGCCGAUUCAUGGGGACGACGGAGGAUUUGUAUCGUCUUUUGUGCUACGUUGAUCCUUUCAUUGUUAUUGCGAUUGGGUCCCAGUUAUCCACUCCUUGUCCUAUCACAUAUUUUAUCUGGGAUGGCAGCAUCAAUGCAAUUCAGUGUGGUGGAAGCUUGGUAUGUGGCAGAGCAUUCUGCACGUGGAAUCCCAGCCGAUUGGAUGUCACGCACUUUUGCCAAGGCUACAUUUCUCAACGGCUUGGUCGCAAUUAUCGCUGGCAUUGUAGCCAACGCUGUCGUCGAUAUCUGGGGCUUCACUGCACCUUUCAUUCUCGCUAUACUACUCGCUAUAGGAGCAGGUGUAUUGAUCACUUCAACUUGGUCUGAAAAUUAUGGCGAAGCUAAUAGUAACCAAGCACGUUUAUCACGUACAUUGAUGGAUGGAUUGAAGACCUUAUGGAAUGAUUCCAAUAUCCUUAUCUUGGGAGCCGCGCAAACCGUGUUUGAAUGUGCCAUGUAUAUCUUUGUGCUAUUGUAUACACCUGCUAUUGAGACUGCAGCCUCUAUUCAUGCACAUCGAGGAGGCGAUAGCGUCACCCAAGAAGAUCAAGAAAUUCCAUUUGGAUACCUUUUCUCGACAAUGAUGUUCGCUGUCAUGAUGGGAUCAAUCACUUUUCAAAAGCUUGAGCAAAAAGGAUUAUCCUGGUGUAGUAAGGAUAGGCUUUUGAUCCUGGCACUCACACUCGCCGGUGGAGCAUUUACAGCCAUGGUGUAUGAUAACUCAACUUCGCUACCGAUACUUGUGAUAAGCUAUCAUGUGUUUGAAUUUACUACUGGGAUGUAUUUCCCAUCCAUUUCUUCCCUGAAGGCUGAGGUGAUUCCCGAGGAGACACGUGCUGCGAUAAUGACACUGCUCAGAAUCCCAAUGAACUUUGGCGUUGGUGUAAUCAUGUGGCAUGCCGAUCGUUUAUCCACCUCAACAAUGUUUGCUAUCUGCUCAUUGAUGACACUUUCAGGGGCACUGCUCGUUUUAUUCAAGUUCAAAAGCAAACAAAUGUAUCAACAACCACCAGAGUAA